AUGAGCGAUGCCGCAGAUCCACAACCCCCAGCUGCUACCCUUCCGGGGGAGAAUCGGGAGAGCAACGAUAUGCGCUACUCAAAGCUACUGAAGCAAAAGCGGGGAGAAUUCCUAGAUCAUCUGCUCAGAAGCUUAGAUAUGAUCGCCUAUUGCCAUUUCUCGUAUUUGUAUUUUUUAGAUUGUAGUCUGUUUAGAUUCGUUAUCCGUUCAGCAAUUCAACUUAACUUCCUCACACCAAAGCCUCCGAAUUUUCCUGUACAUUCUCAGCGCCGCCCAGCCAUUGUCGCGCUGUUUGGCAGUACAGCAUUUUGUUUUCUGUGCCAUAUUCUUGGAGCGGCGCCGAGCGCUGGAGAGCUAAGCAAUGGCUAUUUACACGGCGGAUUUAUUAUAGAUUUUAUCGGACAAGAGGGCCCAAUCUCAAAAUGGAGACUUGGUUUCAUGGACGCUAGAAAUAUCACCCCUGCACAAGAUUUGGAGUCCGAAGAGCGAGGAGAGACACGUCGACACUCGUUUGCCUCAUUGAAUUCCAACCGCUCUAGCAAUGUAUCAGAGGCACGAAGGCCAGAUGAGACCCCGUUGAUGGAUAGCGAUGAACACACAAUCGGUAUUAUAGUGGAUGGGAGCAGCGAAUCCGAGCGGGAGAGGCUACGAAGGGUCUUUGAGCUCACCUCAGGGGAAUUUGUAGCUGCGGAGCUCAAGGUUGUGGAGGUAAUUCAACAACAGUGGCGUAAAACUGACAUUCCAACCGGAGGAGGAGGGGUCGGGAGUACAGCUUCUGGAGGGAGCUCGAGAGAGAGAAGACGUCUAUAA